AGCACUUCAUGGCAACAGAGAUGUCCCUAGCCAGGUUCUCCUCUCUCUUGCUCUCAUACUCACAGUGUUUCUUCACAUCUAUUUUUAGUUUUUCUGGCUCAAGCAUCUUCAGGCCACUGAAACACAACCCUCACUCUCUUUCUCUCUCCCUCUGGCAUGCAUGCUGCUGGUAGGAGACCCCAGGUCAACAUUGCUUCAGAAAUCCUUUAGCACUCAUUUCUCAGGAGAACUUAUGGCUUCAGAAUCACAGCUCGGUUUUUAAGAUGGACAUAACCUGUACGACCUUCUGAUGGGCUUUCAACUUCGAACUGGAUGUGGACACUUUUCUCUCAGAUGACAGAAUUACUCUAACUUCCCCUUUGCAGUUGCUUCCUUUCCUUGAAGGUAGCUGUAUCUUAUUUUCUUUAAAAAGCUUUUUCUUCCAAAGCCACUUGCCAUGCCGACCGUCAUUAGCGCAUCUGUGGCUCCAAGGACAGCGGCUGAGCCAAGGUCCCCGGGGCCAGUUCCUCACCCGGCUCAGAGCAAGGCCACCGAGGCUGGGGGUGGAAACGCAAGUGGCAUCUAUUCAGCCAUCAUCAGCCGCAAUUUUCCUAUUAUCGGAGUGAAAGAGAAGACAUUCGAGCAGCUUCACAAGAAAUGUCUAGAAAAGAAAGUUCUUUAUGUGGACCCUGAGUUCCCACCGGAUGAGACCUCUCUCUUUUAUAGCCAGAAGUUCCCCAUCCAGUUCAUCUGGAAGAGACCUCCGGAAAUUUGCGAGAAUCCCCGAUUUAUCAUUGAUGGAGCCAACAGAACUGACAUCUGUCAAGGAGAUCUAGGGGACUGCUGGUUUCUCGCAGCCAUCGCCUGCCUGACCCUGAACCAGCGCCUUCUUUUCCGAGUCAUACCCCAUGAUCAAAGUUUCAUCGAAAACUACGCAGGGAUCUUCCACUUCCAGUUCUGGCGCUAUGGAGAGUGGGUGGACGUAGUUAUUGAUGACUGCCUGCCAACCUACAACAAUCAACUGGUUUUCACCAAGUCCAACCACCGCAAUGAGUUCUGGAGCGCUCUGCUGGAGAAGGCUUAUGCUAAGCUCCAUGGUUCCUACGAAGCUCUGAAAGGUGGGAACACCACAGAGGCCAUGGAGGACUUCACAGGAGGGGUGACAGAGUUUUUUGAGAUCAGGGACGCUCCUAGUGACAUGCACAAGAUCAUGAAGAAAGCCAUCGAGAGAGGCUCCCUCAUGGGCUGCUCCAUUGAUGAUGGCACGAACAUGACCUAUGGAACCUCUCCUUCUGGUCUGAACAUGGGAGAGCUGAUUGCACGGAUGGUGAGGAAUAUGGAUAACUCGCUGUUCCGGGACUCAGACCUCGACCCCAGAGCCUCAGUUGAAAGACCGACCCGGACAAUCGUUCCCGUUCAGUAUGAGACAAGAAUGGCCUGCGGGCUGGUCAGAGGUCACGCCUACUCUGUCACGGGACUGGAUGAGGUCCUGUUCAAAGGUGAGAAAGUGAAGCUGGUGCGGCUGCGGAAUCCCUGGGGCCAGGUGGAGUGGAACGGCUCUUGGAGUGAUGGUUGGAAGGACUGGAGCUUUGUGAACAAAGAUGAGAAGGCCCGUCUGCAGCACCAGGUCACUGAGGAUGGAGAGUUCUGGAUGUCUUAUGAGGAUUUCAUCUACCAUUUCACAAAGUUGGAGAUCUGCAACCUCACGGCCGACGCUCUGCAGUCUGACAAGCUUCAGACCUGGACAGUGUCUGUGAACGAGGGCCGCUGGGUGCGGGGUUGCUCGGCCGGAGGCUGCCGCAACUUCCCAGAUACUUUCUGGACCAACCCUCAGUACCGUCUGAAGCUCCUGGAGGAGGACGAUGACCCUGACGACUCGGAGGUGAUUUGCAGCUUCCUGGUGGCGCUGAUGCAGAAGAACCGGCGCAAGGACCGGAAGCUGGGGGCCAAUCUCUUCACCAUCGGCUUCGCCAUCUACGAGGUUCCCAAAGAGAUGCACGGGAACAGGCAGCACCUGCAGAAGGACUUCUUCCUGUACAACGCCUCCAGGGCCAGGAGCAAAACCUACAUCAACAUGCGGGAGGUGUCCCAGCGCUUCCGCCUGCCUCCCAGCGAGUAUGUCAUCGUGCCCUCCACCUACGAGCCCCACCAGGAGGGGGAAUUCAUCCUCCGGGUCUUCUCUGAAAAGAGGAACCUCUCCGAGGAAGUUGAAAAUACAAUCUCCGUGGAUCGGCCAGUGAAAAAGAAAAAAACCAAGCCCAUCAUCUUCGUUUCGGACAGAGCAAACAGCAACAAGGAGCUGGGUGUGGACCAGGAGUCAGAGGAGGGCAAAGGCAAAACAAGCCCUGAUAAGCAAGAGCAGUCCCCACAGCCACAGCCUGGCAGCUCUGACCAGGAAAGUGAGGAACAGCAACAAUUCCGGAACAUUUUCAAGCAGAUAGCAGGAGACGACAUGGAAAUCUGUGCAGAUGAGCUCAAGAAGGUCCUUAACACAGUCGUGAACAAACACAAGGACUUGAAGACACACGGGUUCACACUGGAGUCCUGCCGUAGCAUGAUUGCGCUCAUGGAUACAGAUGGCUCUGGGAAGCUCAACCUGCAAGAGUUCCACCACCUCUGGAACAAGAUUAAGGCCUGGCAGAAAAUUUUCAAACACUAUGACACAGACCAGUCUGGCACCAUUAACAGCUACGAGAUGCGAAAUGCAGUCAAUGACGCAGGAUUCCACCUCAACAACCAGCUCUACGACAUCAUUACCAUGCGGUACGCAGACAAACACAUGAACAUCGACUUCGACAGUUUCAUCUGCUGCUUCGUCAGGCUGGAGGGCAUGUUCAGAGCUUUUCAUGCAUUUGACAAGGAUGGAGACGGUAUCAUCAAACUCAGCGUUCUGGAGUGGCUACAGCUCACCAUGUAUGCCUGAACCAGGCUGGCCUCAUCCAAAGCCACGCAGGAUCACUCAGGAUUUCCGUCUCGCCCUCUAUUUCCAAAGCCACGUACCUCAAAGGACCCAGCAGCUGCACCCCUGCAGUCCUCCAGGCACCUCAUCAGUCCUGUUCCUCCUCCAUUUUACCCCCUCCUCAUCCCUGAUCAGUCAUGCCUAGCCUGGCCCUUUAGUAAAGCAGUGAGGUAGGAAGAACAAGCCCUUGUCUCUCUGCCGUGUGGAGGAAAGUGCCUGCCUCUGGUCCGAGCCACCUUGGUUCUGAAGCGAGUGCUCCUGCUAACCUUGCUCCAGGCUGUCUGCAGAAGCACCUGCUGGUGGCACUCAGCACCCCCUUGUGCUAGAGCCCUCCAUCAUCUUCACACUGUCCCACCAUGGACCAGGAACCAAACCAGCACUGGGUUCUGCCUGGUUAUUUCAGGAGAGGCCUGCUGUGGGGUAAACUCACUCAGUGGAAUAGGGCUGGUUACUUUGGGCUGUCCGACUCGUAAGUUUGGCUGCAUUUUGAAAAAAGCUGAUCUAAAUAAAGGCAUGUGUAUGGCUGGUC